CGCGCCAGAAGACUUCGAAAGGAAUUUGCAGUUUGAAAUGGGUAAUAAUAGCAUUUUGAUUAACAUUUUUUUACUUUUAUAAACCAAACACUUGUAGGUUUAUGUUCGCGGAAUCCAACCAAGUUGCUACCUAGCGCUUUUCCCACAUUAACCACAGCUCCUGCAGAGUCUAAUGAACGGCAGAAAAGGAUGGAGUCUCGUUCCAGAAAAGAGUUGUUGAAUACACUCUUGAAAGAUGCUGCCACUGCUGACAUAGUUCAAGCCGACGAGGUUGGAGAGGCACCUCAAAACGCACAGGUCGUCAUCGAUGAGAAAGACGAAAAAAUACUGCAUUUGGAAGCAGAAAUACAAAGACUGAAUAAUGUUGUUAGCACUUUCAAUAAGUGCAACAACGAGCAGUUGGCAGAAAUUAAACGCCUUAAGAUUUCAAUUAAGACUGCGGAAUUUCACCGGAGUAAUUUGGAGCAAAAACUUAGUUGCAUUUUCACCAUCGGCCAGGCUAUGGCCUAA